UCGUGAUGGAAUCAAUUUCGGAAAAACUCCAAGUAUCUCAAUAAAAGAUUUUUUAUUGAAAUGGAGGAAGAAAACACAUACAUUUUGCGCAUAAUUUGUCAAAGUAAAAGUUUGUUUGUUCCCUUCAAAGAGUCCGAACUAAACAUCACGAAAUUUCCAGAAAAGGUCGCAAACGUUUUUGGCCUAAAAUUUGGUGCCGAUGUUUACUCCGGAUUAAUUUUAACCGACAAUUUGGGCUUUGCAAUCCCAAGAAAUUUACUUGCUGACGUAAUAAAAAAAUUUCACAAUGGAAGUAUGUUCUACAUAAAUGUAGAAUAUGAAAUUAGUGACACACGCCGUGGGCACUUUGAGCUUGUUACACCAACGAUUUUAGAAGACUAUUUUCGUCGUCAAAAUAUGAGCAAAUAUUUGAAACACAAAAAUGACGAACUCUUAAAUGAUUCUGUGCGUAAAUAUGUGAUAAACUGUAUAUGUGAUUUUAUGGUUGAAUCAUUUGGAAAUGGUGAUCCAAAUAAAAUUUCAAAACAACAAAAAUCAAUUACGUGUGAGGCGGCCAUCAAAUUAUUUAUCGGUUUAAAGUCAAAGGAUAGCGCCAAUGCUCUGAGUAAAUUGUUGGGUGUUGGUGGUUAUGUUAACAAUAGACUAAAGUACCUAACGAGCAAAUACACAGACCCCAAUGCAAAGGAAGUUCCAAACCAACAAAGUGAUAUUGAAACAACGCCCGAAGAAGAUCUUCUCUUCUUGAAAAACUGUGUAAUCAAAAACACUGACGUUUCCAUUAUUAUUUCGAAACUGAAUACAACAAGAGAUCUCCGUAAAAAUAUGAUGAUGAACCAGGAUGUUGACUUGCGCGAAUCUUUUCCGUAUUUCUUUACUGACCCAAAAUUGAUUCAAAUUGAAUUUGAAAGAAAUCCCGAGUUCGAAUGUGAAUGUAAUGGUUUAAUAGAAAAGUGGCCGACUUAUAUCUCAAAUAUAAAACAAUUGUUCGGUGGACAGGUUGACCACGGUUGGCAUUCGGAAAUAGAAUGUUUGUUGCUUCUUUUGCAUAUUUUCCCAUCUCGAUCGUGUCAAUUACCAUUGAUAGAUGCAAUAAAUAAAUUGAUUGUUUUUCGCGUUGUAGGAACUCCGCCAGAAAAUAUGAUUGAAAACGACAACAACCAUCCAUAUAUUGUGGCAUGUGGAACUUCGAAGAAGGAUAUUGUUUCAUAUUAUAUUGAAACCGAACGUCAUUUGUUUCCGCUACCAUUUGAGUUCGGAAUUUUGGAAACCUUUGACAUCUUUUUUAAACUUCAUCACGUUUUUCAUAUGAAGUUUGAUAAGGCCUUGGAAAAUAUGAUUGUUUUCAUGCAACGCUUAAUCUAUAAAUUGGAAAAAGGAAAGCAGAGCACUGCCAAUAUGAAAAACGUUUUCGAAAAACUGUCCAGCGUAUUAUAAUUUUUGUUGCAUUAACAUA